AUGAUCCAGCCUCUGCUGACCGGAGACCAUCCGGAUGGGAUCGAGGGGGACUCGAAGCCAACGAACAACCUCCUCUUUCUCUACCUCUCGUACAUCGUCUUAGGAGGCCUCAUGUUGGUCAACUACUUUUAUGACUUUCGAUCGCCAAUUCACGCCUGAACUGAUUAUCAUAACCUAGUAGACUUAUACAUAGGAUGGGUACCUCUACUUGUCCACACAAGAAGGAAAUGGAGAAGACAAAGGGAUAAGUUCUUGUACAAUGCGAAUACUCCAGGUUAAUAUUCUAUUUUAUUUUCUCCGCUCCAUGGAUUUCCUUCUUCUCGCUGAAUCCACUAUUCUACAGCUCUACUAUGCUACUUUACCAAGACGUUUUUGCUCUAAGAUCUCGUCGUCGGUCAAUGGUUAAACAAGACUUAUCCUCGCGGGAAUCGUGUGAAUCCGCACCAGACGGGAGCGUUCAAUUUAUGGGGAAGCAUAUACGACCAACAUUAAGGCAAGUUUGCAAACAUUUUAUUGGAAAAAAGAUGAUUGGCGUUGUGUCAACAGAGACGAGAAUAAGAAAAUCAAUCAUCGAGGUAUUCGUUAUUAAUCGUGAUCAGACGAUUAGCUUAUCAUGUUGUAGUCCCUGAAAUUUAACGCAAAUUGAGAUUACCUGAUACGAAUGAAGAUUCCCACAUCAGUCGGCUUUUGGGCGGGGUCUAUAGGAGUGCUUUUCAACUGCAGGGAUGUAGGCUCUAAUUUGAACAUUUCGUGCUAUAUUACACGUACCUUUUUGGGUUUCUGUGCGCAACAACGGGGUUCAUCCUCAACAUGGUGUACGUGUUUCGCGUAGCUCGAAUCAUGCCAGCAUCGCUCUACUAUCGCCUCUGUGGUUCGCUUACGGCCUUUAUGGUGCUGGAGCAUAUUUGGAUGCCGCUCUGUUGCGUAUACAUAGCCGCGCCUCAAGAGUACGCGUGGGUUAGAGCAUAUGGUGCCAGGAAAUCUUCUUCAUCUGUGUCAAUAUUUUCGUCACAAAUUUUGUUCACACAGAAGUCACCAGGCUUCACACGAGUUUGAUGUAACUUUAGCCUUGUCAGAUGGUAACUCCUAGAAGCGGUAUGACGAUAAUAGCAACCAGCUGUCGGAGCUUGCUUCUAUGGUUAAAAAUAGGAAUCUUAGCAAGUCGUGGUAGUAGGAGGGCAAGCAUGCUCAUGCAUACACCUAGGAUGUAACAUAAUUCGCUUCUAAUCUCUGUUGAUUUCGGUGUUGUUGAAAGUUGCAGCAGCAAUGUGCAUCCUGUGGGCCUAUUACACCUACCACAUUCCGAAAGACCUCUCGGUGUAUGGAUCGAUUUGGACAGGCGGUGACUGGGGUGCUCUUACUUAAGGCUAGUCGUAGUUCAUCAUCAUCUGACCAUCCAGUGAAUGUUUCUGUUGAUGUAAUUAUGUGUCCUCGCUCGUCGUGGGAGCCAAGUGAACUUCUCACGUGCGCUCCCCAGGGUGGACAUAAUCAUGCUAAAAACGUGACGAGAAGUAGAUGAAGAAGUAUCAAGUCACCACCGCUAAAUUAGCGCAAAGCCGGUUGCUGCUUCAGGCGAAGACGAAGAGGAGCAACAACAAUUAGCAGCCUCCAAUUCCACGGUGAGUAGUCGAACGACGAUUACGAGGGCGACGACUCGGACGACUGCCCGAGAGUCCGCUACUGAAGACGCCGAAGCUGUUCAAGCCUUUGAUCCAGCGACGAUGAUCGCUAGCAAACGCCGUAUUGGGGAUAUCACAAGAAUGCUUGGCGUCGUCGGAUCAUAUAUAUAAGGCCACAUCAGAACACGCACGAAGAGAAAAAAUCUUAAAUAAUCUACUGAUUCGAGAUCCAGACGUGAGCAACAUGUAGAUGUACAUGCUUCAGAUUAUUUCACCAAAUAUCAAAGACACCACAUCAGGGAGUAGGUACUAUCAACUCGUACAUACAUCUAAGUUUCUUGAAUUUAUCCACUAGGUUUGAAUUUUCGUUUUCCUGCGCUGGAUUUGUUUUCUUCUCCUCAAUUUUCUAAUAUCCGAUGGCGUGCCAUUGUACGGUGCUAGACGGGUGCAUAUGGUCCUUCUACUUCGACAGCUCAAACGGCCGGUUUCCUCCUUUGAAGGCCCUAAACAGGGCCGGGGAGUACAGGUCUCCUUUCGACUAG